AUGUCUAAUAGAAGAACGACUAACAUUCACAGUACCAUACCAAACGGUACGAGCGAAGAAAUUGAUACGUCCGAAUCGGACGAUGAAAUGCAAAAUGUUAGGAAGGUUUUGAAGAAACGUUUGGUGAUGAGCGAUAGUUCUUCAGUGACUGAAAAUAGUGAUUCUGAACAGGAACUUUCCGAAAACACAUCUAAAUCGAAGAAAAAGAAAAAAAUGCAUUGGAUUAAGAGAUCGUUUGUACCACCACCAUCACCAUUUACUGGAAGCUUUCCACCACCUCCAAUCGAUUCUGAACCAGAACCAAUUGAUUAUUUUUGUUCAAUGUUUGGCAAAGAGUCAUUUAAUAUUUUAAAAGACCAGUCAAAUCUUUACUCAGUCCAGACGAAUCCGAACCGACCGGCGAAUAUUUCAGAUACUGAAAUUCGCCAAUUCAUCGGAAUUUUGAUUAUGUCAGGCGUAUAUUCAUUCCCUCAACAGCGGUUUUAUUGGAUGGAUAGCACCCGUAUACAAUCUAUUGCAUCGGUGAUGAGCCGAGAUCGAUUCUUAUCAAUCAAGAAAUGUUUUCAUGUAGUCGACAAUACCAAUAAACCAGAUCAGAAUGAUCCUAAUUAUGAUCGAGCUUUCAAAGUACGACCAUUAUUGAACAUUGUUAAGGAGAACUUUCGAAAAAUACCAAAAGAAGAGAAUUUAUGUGUCGAUGAACAAAUCAUUCCAUUCAAAGGAAAAAGUGUAAUGAAACAACACAUGCCAAACAAACCCAACCGCUGGGGAUACAAAAUGUUUUUACUGGCAGGUGGUGAAAGUGGUCUUUGUUAUGAUUUCGUUCUUUACACUGGCAAAUCCAAUAGUACAGAAUAUGGAUUCUGUACAGAUAUUACUCUUACUCUUUGUGAAACUGUUCCACCAAUGAUGAAUCACAAGGUUUAUUAUGAUAACUACUUUACUACGAUUAGAUUGCAAGUGGAACUGAAGAAGUUAGGAAUCUUUAGUGUUGGUACAGUUCGAGCGAAUCGGUUACCUGAUCUGACGAUGAAAGACGAGAAGCAGUUAAAACAAGAAGGCCUAGUUGCAACCGAUUAUCGAAUUACCUAUGUCGAUGGCGUGGAAUUAUGUGUUACAUGGGCAUUUUAA